AUGGAUAUUUAUAAUGAAGAAAAUAUAAGUAGUGAAGAAAUAAAUAGGAAAGAAUCAUAUGAAAGAGAGGAAUUAUAUGACAAAGUAGUAAUGUGUGAAGAAAUAAUAAGUAAAAAAGAUUCUAAUAAAGAAAUAGAAAAUUAUGUAUCCUAUUUUAAUAAUAUCACUGAAGCUCUAUUUUUGUUGGAUACAAAAACAAAAUAUAUGUAUGUUAAUCAUUUUUAG